UCAGUGACCUGGUUGAGGGCAGUCGUAUAAGGACCAUCACUGGACACUCCAGAUAUGCAGAACCCAGUUCAUUAGGGUUUUAUAAAUCCUUUUAGACACCCUACGCCUGCCGGAAAGAGAAGAGCUCAGCCAUGGGGAGAAGACCUGCAAGGUGUUACAGGCAGAUUAAGAACAAGCCAUACCCAAAGUCCAGGUACUGUCGUGGUGUACCUGACCCAAAGAUUAGAAUUUAUGAUGUUGGGAUGAAAAAGAAAGGAGUUGAUGAGUUCCCCUUCUGUGUCCACUUGGUGAGUUGGGAGAAGGAAAAUGUCUCAAGUGAGGCUUUGGAAGCUGCUCGUAUUGCCUGCAACAAGUACAUGACCAAGUUUGCUGGGAAGGAUGCCUUCCAUUUGAGAGUCAGGGUACAUCCUUUCCAUGUCUUGCGUAUCAACAAGAUGCUUUCAUGUGCUGGAGCUGAUAGGCUUCAGACUGGUAUGAGAGGAGCAUUUGGUAAGCCCCUAGGUACUUGUGCCAGAGUCAGCAUCGGUCAGGUCCUCUUGUCAGUUCGCUGCAAGGAUACCAACGGCAACAACGCCCAAGAAGCCCUUCGUCGUGCCAAAUUCAAGUUCCCUGGACGUCAAAAGAUCAUUGUCAGCAGGAAGUGGGGAUUCACAAAGUUCAGCCGAACUGACUACGUCAGAUGGAAGUCAGAGAACAGAAUUGUUGCAGACGGCGUCAAUGCUAAGUUACUUGGAUGUCAUGGACGUUUGGCUAGACGCCAGCGCGGUCAAGCUUUCUUGGAUGCUGUUGCUGCUUAGAGAAACAAGAAGUCUGUGUUGAUCAGAAAACAAGAAAUCUGUUUCAUUAAAAAAAUCUGGAAACUUGUUUUGCUUAGUGAAAAAAAUAGUACUUUUAGAUCUAGAGAUCUUCUGAAGUAGUAGUAGUAGUAAUUUCUUAUAUUUUGGAGUUUGUGAAUUAUGAUUUAACUUCGGAUUACACUUUUUGUAUGGCAUGUGUUGAAAGAAUUGGAAGCAGUUCUGGCUGCUCUUUUGUUUUUGCAUAAUACAGUGCAUAGUUCUUAAACUUCUGCUAUGAUGGAUGUAAACAAGACUAUUUUCUUGCA